AAAUCAAAGCAUAUCCACUGAAUGGAAUUUUAGUAUUUUGCUGUCGUUUUGAUGUUUUCCUCUGGGCUUCUUCAGUUCUACCAGACACUUCCUGCGAGAAUGGGGGCAGGAGCGCUCGCCGUCUGUCAAAGUAAAGCAGCCGUGCGGCUGAAAGAAGACAUGAAAAAGAUAGUGGCAGUGCCACUCAGUGAGCAGAGGAAUUCGACCUAUAAGAAGCUGUUUGGCGUCAGUCUCCAAGACCUUCAGCAGCAGGGGCUGACUGAGAAUGGCAUUCCAGCCAUAGUGGGGACGAUAGUGGAGUACUUGACGAAGCAUGGACUCACCCAGGAAGGCCUUUUUAGGGUGAACGGCAACGUGAAGGUGGUGGAACAACUGCGCUUGAAGUUCGAGAGUGGAGUGCCCGUGGAGCUCGGGAGGGAUGGCGAUGUCUGUGCGGCAGCCAGCCUGCUAAAGCUCUUCCUGAGGGAGCUGCCGGAGAGCGUGAUCCCCUCAGCUCUGCGUCCUCGACUCAUCCAGCUCUUUCAGGAUGACAGAAACGAUGCUCAGGAGAGUGGCUUAAGAGACUUAAUAAGAGAACUGCCAGACGCCCACUACUGCCUCCUCAAGUACCUGUGCCAGUUCUUGACAAAAGUAGCCAAGCACCAUGUGCAGAAUCGCAUGAAUGUUCACAAUCUCGCCACUGUAUUCGGGCCAAAUUGCUUUCAUGUGCCACCUGGGCUUGAAGGCAUGAAAGAACAAGACCUCUGCAACAAGAUAAUGGCUAAAAUACUGGAGAAUUACAAUACCCUCUUUGAAGUGGAAUAUACAGAAAAUGAUAACCAGAGGUGUGAAAGCCGGGCCAGGCUUAUCAUAGUAAAAGAGGCCAGUUGUAAGAACUCCUUGCCCAUCCUUCUAACAAAAGACAUAGAGAGAGAUGUGCAAAAACCGUCUCCAAAAACCAGGAUCCCAGAGUCCGGGAGUGAGGGAUCUAUUAAGGCCCACGGGGUACCUCAGCCAGAGCUAUCUGAUGGCGUUCCUCACGUCAGCCUACGGCUAAGUCGCAGAAAACUCUGCUGGGGUGACGUGAAUUCAGCAGAGGACGCUAUUGGUGCCAAGUCAGUAUCCAGUUCGCAGGAAGAUGAAAGACCUAUGUCACCUUUCUAUUUGAGUACCCGUGUAUCCCAAGUGAACAAUGUUUCGACAACUGGAGAACUCUUAGAAAGAACCAUCCGGUCAGCUGUAGAACAGCAUCUUUUUGAUGUUAAUAGCUCUGGAGGCCAAAGUUCAGAGGACUCGGAAUCUGGAACAUCGUCAGCAUCUUCCACCACAUCCACCAGACAGCGGCGACGCCCAUCCAAGGAGCAGGAUGAAGUUCUAUGUGGCAGAGACCUGGGACUUAUCAACAAAGAAAAUAUUCCUUCUGGGUUCAGCAACCUUGACGAUUGUAUUUUGAAUGCUCAGGAAGUGGAAAAAUUACAUGAAAAUACUUCCAGUUAUAUUGGAGAAGGGGGCAAACCCAAACGUCAGAAAUCCAGUUCCAAACUUUCUGAGCUCAAUGAAAAUCAAGAUGGUCUUGUGAAUAUGGAAAGUCUCAAUUCCACACCAUCUCAUGAGAGGGCUGGACCUGAUGAUGAUGAACUGAUGUCCGAUGAAAGCAAAGAAAAUGAAAAAGGUGGCGGACACACCCAGCAUUUUGAGAGCCCCACAAUGAAGAUUCAGGAGCAUCCCAGCCUACCUGACACCAAGCUGCAGAGGACCCAAGAUGCCAAUGACCAGCAGGAAAGCUUUGUCUCCGAAGUGUCCCCGCUGGACCUGACUGCAUUGUGUGAUGAGAAGAGCUGGGAAGAGCCCAUCCCUACUUUCUCCUCGUGGCAGCAGGAGAACGUGGACUCGGACGAAGCACACCUCUCCCCACAGGCUGGGCGCCUGAUUCGUCAGCUUCUGGACGGAGACAGCGACCCAAUGCUCUCUCCUCGGUUCUACGCUUACGGGCAGAGUAGGCAAUACCUGGAUGACACGGAAGUGCCGCCUUCUCCGCCAGAUUCCCAUUCUUUCAUGAGGCGGCGGAGCUCCUCCCUGGGGUCCUACGAUGAUGAGCAAGAGGACCUGACACCCGCCCAGCUCACACGAAGGAUUCAGAGCCUUAAAAAAAAGAUCCGAAAGUUUGAAGACCGAUUCGAAGAAGAGAGGAAGUACAGACCUUCCCACAGUGACAAAGCAGCCAAUCCAGAGGUUCUGAAAUGGACAAAUGACCUUGCCAAAUUCCGAAAACAACUUAAAGACUCGAAACUAAAGAUAUCUGAAGAGGACCUAACCCCCAGGAUGCGGCAGCGAAGCAACACCCUACCCAAGAGUUUCGGUUCCCAACUUGAGAAAGAAGAUGAGAAGAAGCAAGAGUUGCUAGAUAAAGCAAUAAAGCCCAGCGUUGAGGCCACGCUGGAAUCGAUCCAGAGGAAGCUCCAGGAGAAGCGGGCGGAGAGCAGCCGUCCUGAGGACAUUAAGGAUAUGACCAAAGACCAGAUUGCGAAUGAAAAAGUGGCUCUGCAGAAAGCUCUGUUAUAUUAUGAAAGCAUUCAUGGACGGCCGGUAACCAAGAAUGAACGGCAGGUGAUGAAGCCACUCUAUGACAGAUACCGGCUGGUCAAACAGAUCCUGUCCCGGGCCAACACCAUACCCAUCGUUGGUUCCCCCUCCAGCAAGCGGAGAAGCCCUUUGCUGCAGCCAAUUAUCGAGGGCGAAACUGCUUCCUUCUUCAAGGAGAUCAAGGAAGAAGAGUGCUCAGAAGAUGACACCAAUACAAAGCCAGACUUCACAGUCACUCUGAAGACUGAUUUCAGUGCACGUUGCUUUCUGGACCAAUUUGAAGAUGAUGCUGACGGGUUUAUUUCCCCAAUGGAUGAUAAAAUGCCAUCAAAGUGCAGCCAGGACACCGGGCUUUCAAAUCUCCAUGCUGCUUCAAUACCUGAACUCUUGGAACACCUCCAGGAAAUGAGAGAAGAAAAGAAAAGGAUUCGAAAGAAACUUCGUGAUUUUGAAGACAAUUUUUUCAGGCAAAAUGGAAGAAAUGUCCAGAAGGAAGACCGCACUCCUAUGGCUGAAGACUACAACGAAUAUAAGCACAUAAAGGCAAAACUAAGGCUCUUGGAGGUGUUGAUCAGCAAGAGAGACACUGAUUCCAAGUCCAUGUAAGGGCAGCCCCAGCCCUAGCCGAGGGGGCUGGGGACACGGAGUGAAUUUGCCACCUGCCCCCCCGGGUAAAUAGCAGCUCUGCGGAAACUGGAAGGCAGCCGUGGAGCUGGACCUGCAAAGCAUGUAGCCCUUCUGCCUCCAGGCCGUUGGGAUUGGCUCCAGUUUCCAUCGCCUACCUUAGAAACCGCCCAGAUGGAAGAAGGCAACUCACCCUGACUUAAGAAUUUUGUAAGGGAAAGUCAGGAUCCCUGCGUGCCUCCACGUGUGCACGCACCCACACACAGGCGCUGUAGUGGAAGUUUUACUAACACUAGCAGUGAUGAAUCACUACAUUGAGACACACUCAUCUACAGAGAAUACACACUGUUCUUCCCUGGAUAACUGAGAAGCAUGAAACCAUUCUCUGUCUAACUGUGAUAAAAACAAGCUCAGGACUUCAUUCUGUAGAGCGAACGUGCCGUGCAGGCCCGUGUUCUCUUUGGACCCAGUCAAGUGGGAACAUGCAUCGGAGCCCUGUUUGCUGCCAUGGCCAUUCUUGUGACCUUUCCCCAGAGCCGCACCUUUCCCCGCUCAUGUGAACUGUUCCCCUUCAGCUCUCAGGUAGAUGAAGCUGCAUCUGCCCAGAAUGGCAGGGCAAACAUCUACUUGAAGGUGUGUUUCUUCAGGACUUCCUCAGCUGACAGGAUUUUGAUCCCUGACUAGGGCUGGAUCAUCUGUAGAGGACAGAGAGAAUAUAGCAGUAGCUAUGUUAAUGCUGAUUUUUAAAUCAGGUAACAGGGUGAAGAGCCUGGAGGAUUCUUUGCUACACAUUGACUGCACUUAUCAGUCUCAGAUUUUAACAUCCAACACUAAGCGAGGACAGCUUGCCAUGGCAAACUGUAGGGGGCUUAGUUUCAUUUUGGCACUAGCCAGACAUAUAGGGUCUUGCUUUUAAUUCCUAGCUUAAGUGUAGAGGAUUGUGAGAGAGGGAGAAAGAGCCUGUGUUCUCAGCCUCCUGAGGACUUAGCAGAGUUUAAUUUUUUUUUUAAAGGAAGCCUACACUAAAAUCCCCUAACUGAGGGGUAAAUGUAGCCCUCAGAGCUCAGCCCAAGGCAGAAUCUAAAAGCACGCUCUUUUCAAGAUCGUGUAUAAAGAGAACAAAUAAUGGGGUAUGGCCAAUUAUGAUUAUAAUUUUUGCAAAGACUGUGUCACAAAGCUGUCCAUAUUAGACAUUUUGGAGGGACCAGGAAUUUAAGACACCAAAUGAUGCAUCUCUGUAGUGUGCUGACGUCACUUUGUGAUUUGUCCUUACUCUCUGAGGGUCUGUGUCUGCACUGAGGAAGGCGGGCUCUCAUUCUGCCUGUCCAUCCCAGGCCCACCUGUGUGCUUGGUGAGGUCGAGCACAGGUGUCUGCACACCAGCCACUGAUGCCAAGAGAAGGCAUUGAGCAGGCUCUGCCUUUUGAAGGUAACGUCGCAGGAUGAACAGGACAGCAGGGAUGCCCUCCUGUAUGUUUUGAGACUUGCCUUCUUAAAGGGUACCAUUUUGUUUUGUUUAAUAAUAAGAAGAAAAUAAAGAGAUUGUAAAACUCUACUGACUACUUGUCAGUUUCAAAAAAAAAAAAUGGGUUCUUGAGAAACUGAUCAGCUUGGAUUUCUAGCAGCAUUUUCCAUUGCUGAAGUGAGAGAACAGCCUCUGUUAGCAGAAAAUCAUUUAAGUCAGGAGUAGGGGAAAAAGAAUACCUUUAAGUUUGCUCUUAAAAAUAAUCAUAUAGAAGCAUGAGCUAUGUGUUGGAAAUGCCCUGGUUUACUCCACACACUGAAAGACAGUACCUAAUCCUCGUGAAAAUAUAGUUUGGUAUUCUUUGCUCUACUGUUUACAUUGCAGAUCGCUAUAAUUUCAAGGAGUUAUAUUAUAAAUAAAUGAUGCACUUUAGAACCUUUUCUAUUUUUGAAAUCUGAACAUGAAUCAUUCACAUGACCAAAAAUUGUAUUUUUUAGAAAAAAUACGUCUAGUCUGUCCUUUUUCAGUAAUUAUUCUCUUAAAUAAGUUAUAGUAGAAAUCAGAUCAUUACCAGUUAACUUUUAAAGCACAUCUACGAGUAUUGUUUUGAAAAUACUAAUAUGCUACAGAAUUUAAAAAGAAAAACUAUAUAAAUGAGAAGCUACUAAAUGUUGCGAAAUCUAUUGUUUUUGCCAAAGUUAAAUUAAGUAAAAGAUUCGUUCAGGAAUCCACAUUCAAAUUUGUAUGAUUGAAUAAAAGAAAACACCAAGUUAUAGUAAAAUAAAUUGUGUACGGAAUGUCGUGUUUUCCUUUGUAAUUUCUAAUGAUCUAUAUACUUCAUAGAAUGGCGCCCAGAUUAAGCGGGGAAGCCCUGUUUACACUAGAUCCUAUCUAAAGACAUGUUAGUCAGUAGGUUCUGGCUUUGCCAAAAAUGCUGAGACAAAUUUGUUUCCACAGCAACCAUUUCUGCAGCCCAGGGUCUCAAGGCCCCAGAGGCAGUGUCUUAAUUGGCUUCACACAGAACUCUCUGGACUGGGCUUUUUCCUUUGCGCUCUUGGGAAUGUGUGUGUUUAUUAGCACAUGCCAACAAAAUAAAUGUCAAGGGUUAUUUAAUAACAAUGCUAAGUAAAGGUGAAGCAUGAAUAAACUUGAUUGUCUGAUUGUAAGAACCAGAGAUAGCAGAGGCUUGUAAUUUUCACUAGCAUUUGCUUUGACGGUGUUCAGUCUGAAGUAAACAUUGAAAUAGAUGUUUAUAUUAGGCAUGGAAUCAUUACUGCAUUUCAUCUUUGAGUCAUUUAGUCCGGAUUUCACUUUUUAGACAUGUUUGUGCAAGGUGUAGGAUAAGGGCCUGCUUAGAAGUUUCUCAAGACAGCUGAAGUUUGUCUUGCGCUGGGAGAAGAAAGCUCACAUAAUCUCAGUGAUCUCCCGAUUCAGGGAAAAUUUCCGUGAAAGAGCAAGUCAAAUUUCAGACUGGAGAACUAAUUUUUUUUUUUAGUUGCUAGCUAUACUGCAUUGCAAGCUAAUAAUUAGAUUUCUUCCCUUUGGUUGCCAGUUUGGAGUCAAAAGAUUAUUAUUUAUUGCCAAGGCAGGGAUCAGUGAUGUCUCUAUUCGCAACACCAGUGUAAUUUUUGCUUUGUCUGCCUCUGAUGCAAUGCUUUCGUGGUGGCAGAAGAGCCUAAUGUAGGGUGUGCCUGCUCCCCAGUGUGGCAUUUCUACCUGGACCAAUGCUUCAGGGCUGUGCUUGUGUCAUAAAUAUUGCACUGAGAUGGCUUGAGGCCAGCGGUCUUGGAGGCCCUGAGGGCCAAGCGCUUAUUAAUGUGGUUGAGCUUGAAAUUCCUUAUAAGUUGAAUAUUUAGGUUUAUUAACAGAAUCAAGGGGCGGCCAUGGGUGCCAAUUAAUUUGGUUCUUUCUGGGGCUGCCCAGUUCUCAGUAGACAGAAUUGGGUCCAGUCUCCAGAACUGAUCACAGAUUUACAAGGAAAAUCAAAUUUUAAAGUUUGUUGAUUAACUUUAUUUAAAGACAAUCUAGUAACGAAGAUGCCAUUUUUCUUAAUGGUGACACCUUCCUACUUUUGAUGGUACAUUUAUAGUUGAACGCCAUACACACACUAUUAACUGCUUUGUGAAAAGUUGGUUGUAGAGUAAAUUGUAUUUUGCUUUCAAGAGAGCUUCCUGACACAUUGCUUCCUGGGUUUUUUUCCCCCUAGGUGGGGAGAGGUGGUUUCUGCACCAAGAUCCACACUCCUUGAUGUUCUUUUUCAGUAUUCACAUGGUUACAUCAAUAGGGAGGGACAAAACUACUAAAAUGUGAAGCAGUGUUUCCUCUGAAGCCCAUGUGUUUGGCAGAACCCAGAAUGUACUUUCCUUUUAUUAAUUCCCUUUUAUUUUUUUCCCCACUUGACCCUCAAAAUGUACCGAAGAGCACAUUUUGUCAAAAGACUGUCCAAACAUUUUCAAAUAUUUAUAUAUUCAAAUUGUGUAUACUGGCACUUCUUCACAUGGCAGCCAACAUGGCAACCUCCAAACAAGAGUGAGCUGUGUGUCGGGCCCUGCACUGCGGCACUGGCCACGUUCCUGAGUAGAGAUUGUGCCCCUGUGGGCAUCUGCGUUCUUCCGCCACGACCCUUCUAAUAGAUGUAUGCAGAUAGGCUGAGAUGGAUUAAGGAUUUGCACACUGGUGUGUGUAAAAUGAAAUCUGUACAUCCACAACUUCAUAUUGCAGUGAAGCUGCAGUUAUGUCUCUAGAGAAUCUCAUUUUGCCUGGAAUCCGGCAAGUUGUGGUUCUGUGCAGGGCUCGAGAAGUCGGUUUGGCAGGUCUAAUUCUCCAUC